GAAGGCUCUGGAUGUCAAGCUGGAGCAGUGACGUUUACCUCCAGGCUGCAGUCUCCUGGCCUCUGGCCUUGACCCUUCCCUUUCUCUGUUCUGUUUUCCCAAAUCUCCUGGACCCAUCUCUCUAAGCCGCCAUCUGCCCACACAGGAAGGAAAAGAGAGGUCACAGUGUAAAUAUUUAGCCUGAAGGUCUUGGAGAGAGUUUGGGGGAGGCUCCUGGCAGCAAGGUUCAAGGCUCGGAUGACCAUGCAGCCUCUCCCAACGGCACGUCUUGGUACUUCCUCUGCCCUCUAUGCCCACCUCCCUAAGCCCCAUCAUCCAGGGCAAUCAGCGGUGGCACCCAGAGGAGGCUUGGUGGUGGUGGGUGAACCUGGCUCCCCCUUAAGCUCCAUCACUGCUCCCAAAGCCACCUCCAGUCAAUAUACAGCCUAAGUUAAUGCCACUCACCUCCUUCGCAGGCUGCUCCUUUGGACCAGACUGCUGCCCCCACACCCCUUCCACAGAGUCACGGAUCUGCCACUGCAAACUUCUGACCUCCUUCCCAGCAGGGGUUCACGCCUGGGGCUCAGAGCCAGACAUGAACUCGAAUCCUGCUGCUUCUUAGCUGGGAGACUGUGGGCAAGAUGCUUUGGCUCUGAGCUUCCACCUCCUCCCUGUACAAUGAGGACAAUGCAGCAGGACUGAACUGGGGCUAAUUUUGCCCCUGGGAAACAUUUGGCAAAGUCUGGAGACAUUCUUCGGGGGGGGGGGGUCUUAUUAGUCAAACAUUGUGUUUCCAAUCAUUUGAAUGUGUUCAUUUGUUCUGUUGUGAAUGUAAUAUGUUUAAGGGUGGCUACAAAAGUGGCAUGAAAAAUCGUCUUGGUCUGCCUGCCAUUGGAACCAGCAGAGCCAAAGAAGGUGCGGCCGCCAAGCAGCCGGCGCUCCCCCCUCUUCUUCGUCCUCAUGCUCCUCCUCUCCUGAUCUGGCCUGGCCGCUGCCCAGAGGCUUUGCCACCGCAAGCCCACAGCCCGCCCCAUGGCUGACAGGAGCUUUUUGUUUGGUAGUCGCUCCUCUAAAACGUUUAAACCAAAGAGGAACAUUCCAGAGGGUUCUCACCAGUAUGAGCUCUUAAAGCAUGCAGAGGCCACCCUUGGCAGCGGGAACCUGCGGAUGGCUGCCGUGCUUCCUGAGGGGGAAGAGCUAAAUGAAUGGGUCGCCGUGAACAGGGUGGAUUUCUUUAAUCAGAUCAACAUGCUUUAUGGAACAAUCACAGACUUUUGCGCAGAAGAAAGUUGUCCAGUGAUGUCGGCUGGCCCCAAAUAUGAACAUCAUUGGGCAGAUGGAACAAACAUAAAGAAGCCUAUUAAGUGCUCUGCACCAAAGUGUAUUGAUUAUCUGAUGACGUGGGCUCAGGACCUCUUGGAUGAUGAGACAUUAUUUCCGUCAAAAAUUGGUGUCCCAUUCCCAAAGAAUUUCAUGUCUGUGGCAAAAACGAUACUCAAACGCCUCUUUAGGGUUUAUGCCGACUCCUAUCAUCAGCAUUUUGACCCUGUGAUCCAAUUCGAGGAGGAAGUGCAUCUCAAUACAUCUUUCAAGCACUUUAUUUUUUUUGUCCAGGAAUUCAACCUUAUUGAGAGGAGAAAGCUUGUACCCCUCAAAGAACUGAUUGAAAAACUCACUUCAAAGGACAAAUAAAAGGAUGCAGACCUGUGCAAAUUAUUCCUCAAAUGAAGCUGUAUGGAGUACAUUUGGAUUUUGUUUAUAUUUAGCUUGGUUGCUUUUGUCUAAGGAUUG